UGCUUUGUGUCGGGUGUCUUGAGAGGCGGUGGUUUCCUCCUCCCGUCCAUCACCAAAUGAUGUUUGACGUUCGGAAGGCUACCGCUAACCGCAAUGUUUAGUUAGCCCGUUGUUCGGUUUUGUCUGUGACCAUGAGAUGCUAGUCUGACGUAGCGAGCCGGCUUUCUAGCUGACGUCAAUGGGUUUUCGAGUGAAAAGAUGAUCGCCUCACUUUCUCGGGGAAGUUUGCUCGAUGAGGUGCUGCACGGAGGUUUUAACGAGCAUCAACUGGCCACCUACAUCUCCUGGAUAAACACUCAGCUGAAAAGGAAACCUGGACUGAAGCCCAUCGCUGACCUCAGGAGGGAUCUGCAAGAUGGAGUGGUUCUCACACAGCUCAUAGAGAUAGUUGCUGGGGAAGUGCUUGAAAGCAUUUAUGUGGCUCCUCAGAGCAAAGAAGAAAGCAAGAAGAAUGUGGAACAAGUGCUGCUUUUUAUUUCCUCCAGACAUAUACGCAUGCCUCACAUCUCAGCAAGAGACGUUGUUGAAGGUAACCUGAAAUCUGUGAUGAGGAUUAUUCUGGCACUGGCUGCUCACUUCAAGCCCUCAGCUAGUCAUAGGGUUGCUUCAGGGAGUGGGAGGGGCUCAACAGCAGGCGCCCCCUUCCACAACCCUCUGUCCACUGUGGCGCUGGCACAAGGUGCUGCUGCUACUCUAGCAUCAGCCAGAUACAACGCCUCACUGCCUGCAAGCACGUCGCACAUUCACAGUUGCUGGAGGUCAGCUGGAGACAAGAGCGUGUGUGUUCGCGCACUGGUGAAGCAAUAUGAGAGAGGAACCCCGGACGAACAGGACAAUGUACAGACCAUCAGUCUCAGCUCUGAGAGUCCUUUACCAUCUCCCAGAGCUCCAACCAGCAACCAAGGAGACAGCCAGGAAGAAGUCAGCAUACAAUUAGAAAACAGAGUCGCGUCAUCUGUUGCUGUAGUGGAGACAACAUGGGAGGACUCCAUAAGGGAAACUUUGGAAACGGAAGUACAGGAUACACGUAAAAUGCUGUCGGCUUUGCAGGCGUUGCUGCUGCAAGGCUCUCUGCCGGAGGACGAGCAAGAUCUGUCUUUAAGUUUGGAGGAAGGUCAUCCAGAGCAGCAGCUGGUAGUCAUCCGCAGCCGUUUGGAUCAGAGUAUGGAGGAGUCUCGGGAGCUGAAGAGGGAACUUUUGAGCUGUAAGCAAGAGAUGAGAAACCUGCAAGGAAUCAAGGAGGCACAGCAGCAGCGUCUGUGCUUUCAGGAGGCAUCCAUCCUUCAGAUGAAGCAAGAGCUUCUCAGAGCCAGCAUAGCUACUGAUGAACUUAACAAUCAGAAAACCGAGCUCCAGUGGAAGCUGGAGGAAUGUACCCGCCUGUGGAGUGACUGCAAGAAGGAGGUUUUGCAGAAGGACAGACUUGUGCAGCAACUCAAACAAAAGCUUGAAGAAAGCCAAAAGCAGCAGAGUGAGUUGCAGAGAAAGCUGGACCUCAAAGAUAGCAUUGGGCAGGGAAUGACAGACACAGCUCUGCAUCAGAUUUCCGCAUGUGCUGAAAGCAAUGGCUAUUAUUACUCUGGAAAUCCUGCUUCCUCGAUAUCAAGUGCAGAGGAGGUUCAGCUGCUCAGAGAUGCACUCAGGAGUUUGAGAAACGACUUCGGAGCUCACGACCCGCAGCACCACACACUGGACACCCUGGAGCAGGGCAUUGUGUCGCUCAUCGACAGACUGCAUGCUGUACAUACACACAGGGUUAGAGGGAAGUCUCCCAGACGCAAAGGACAAAACAAUGAUUCAGACUCUUGGUCAAAGGGUUGUCAGUCGAACAGCACUGCUACAUCCUCCACCAAGAUACUGUACUUCAAAGGAAGAUCCUCCACACCUUCUAUGAUCAACAUACCCAAAAAGCUGGGAGAGGUGACUCUCAAGGAUGUGAAGGCUGCCGUGGAUCAAGGAGGAAACUACAGGUACCACUUUAAGGCCUUGGACCCUGAAUUUGGUACCGUGAAAGAAGAGGUUUUUCUGGAUGGAGCCAUCGUUCCUGGCUGGGAAGGCAAAAUUGUGGCCUGGGUGGAAGAAGACCAUGGUGAAGACAGACCUUCAUAGGUAUAAACAGCCUUGAUAGUGGAAUCCCGAAACAAAAGGAUUUGCAAUUCAAAUUCAAUUGAAAUGUGAAAGACUUCACCAUUCAAGAGAUUUGGGUUUCUAUGCUGAAACCUGAAGAGCUCUGUUGUAAAUGUUGAUUAUAUCUUAGAACUCAGUGCCUUGCAACUAUGUGCUUGAUAUUGCCAGGCCUUAACUACAGUGUCUCAAAAAUACCCAAAAACCUAAUGUUUUACAAUGUCCAUUUCCUGUUACUGCCAAAUAGAAAGGGUUUGGAAUCAUCUUUCUUUCAUUGUUCAGAACUGUUGUCUUAGUAACUGUGGCCAGUUUAAAUCCGUUUAGUCCUUUGGGUGUCUUAACAUGAAUGUUAAGGCUUCAGUAUUAUAAAACAUCGCAGUUACUAAGACUUUCGGUUGGAAGUGUCGCCAUUUAAAUGUCAUUUUAACAUACUGCUAGAUUUUUGUUUUUCAAGUUACAGGCGGCGCACUGUCUUGCAUGUAAACAUUCUGCACACAUUUCUGUGAAAAUGGGUUGAAAAAAUGCUGUAACUCAGUAGAAAUGGGGAAGAGUGCCACUGUUUACUCUAUGUACAGUGCCCUCCAUAAUUAUUGGCACCCCUGGUUAAAAUGUGUUUUUUAGCUUCUAAUAAUUUUUUUUUCUAAAUAAUAUGGGACCUUCAUGGGGAAAAAAAAAAGAGAAAAAUCCAACCUUCAAUGCAAGUGCAUUUAUUCAGUGUGGAAAAAAUCCCACAAAGAAAUAAUUAUUUGGCAUCAAAUGUGUCACAAUUAUUAGCACCCCUGGUCUUAACACUGUACAACCCACUUUUGCCAUCAAAACAGCACCUAAUCUUCUCCUAUAAUGUUUCACAAGAUGGGAAAAGACAGAAUGAGGGAUCUUCAGCCAUUCCUCUUUGCAGAAUCUCUAAAUCAUCCAGAGACCUGCGUCCUCUCCUCUGUACUCUCAUCUUCAGCUCAUCCCACAGGUUUUCAAUGGGAUUGAGGUCUGGGGACUGAGAUGGUCAUAGGAGGAGCUUGAUUUUGUGUCUGGUGAACCAUUUCUGUGUAGCUUUCGGGCAGAGGGCAACAGAUUUUGAUUUAAAAUGUCCUGGUGUUUCAAAGAAUUCACAAUGCCAUGCACCCAAACAAGGUUCCCAGGGCCUUUGGAAGCGAAACAGCCCCACAGCAUCACUGACCCACCCCCAUACUUGACAGUGGUUAUGAGGUGCUUUUCAGCAUGCGCAUCUUUCGUGGCACGCCAGACCCACUUAGAGUAUUUGUUGCCAAAAAGCUCAAUCUUGGUCUCAUCUGACCAAAGAAAACGGUCCCAGUUGUAGCCCUAAUAUUGCUUGGCGAACUCCAGACGUUUGCGUUUAUGAUUGUGAAUGAGGAAAGGUUUUCUCCGUGAAUGCCUCCCAAACACCUUGUUGGCGUCCAUGCCUCCCAAACAGCUUGUUGGCAUGUAGACAGCGCCUGAGGGUUGAUUUGGAGACUUUGUGACUCCAGGAUGCUACCAUUUGUUGUAAUUCUGUAACAGUGAGCUUUGGAGAUCUUUUGAUUUCUCUUAACAUUCUCCUCACCGUGCGUGGUGGCAAAAUAAACUUGGGUCCUCGUCCAGGCUUGUUUACCACUGUUCCAGUGGUUUUGAACUUCUUAAUUAUUCCUCUCACAGUGGAUAUGGUCAGCUGCAGUUGAGUGGCAAUCUUCUUGUAGCCUCUGCCUGACCUGUUAAGGUCGACGCACAUCUGCCUCACCUGUAUGCCGUGUUCCUUUGUCUUUCCCAUGUUUGAGAGUGUAAAAGAGAAAUGGCCUCUGUGUCACGUCAUAUUUAUACCCCAGGGAAACAGGAAGUGAUGAACUACUAAUUAAAUUUUCCUACGUACGCUGGUAAACUUUUUAAACUACUGUAGAAAUGACAGAAAUGCUUCAAUUAUAUUUAUUUCCUGGGAAUUGUUAAGGGUGCCAAUAAUUGUGGAACAGGUGAUUUAAUGAAAAAUAAUUAUUUUUUGUCAGGGAUUUUUUUAUUUUCUUACAAUUCAUUUGAUUUGAAGGUUACAUUUUCCUAAAAUUUUCAGUGUGACAGUAUUCUGCAAUAAACACUGAAUUUAUUUUAAGGCUUUUAACACAUCUUAAUUGGGGGUGCCAAUAAUUAUGGAGGGCACUGUAUAUAACCAUAUUUGGGGAAUUUAUCAUGUACAGGCUGGAAUCCUUGUGCUACCUUUUAUUAAUGAAGCUGUGCUAUGAAUUUGACAUGGAAAGGAUGUAGGACCUAACAAAGAUAAUGACCUACCGGAAACCUUUAUUUAUUGUGUGAGUGUGUGUUUAUACUGUGCUUCAGUGUUAGGUCACUCAUGCGUCCCCUUUGCGAUUAUUGUUUUGUCUUUUCUAAAAAGCCAAUAGCAAUAUGCAUCAGUCUAACCUUUCAGAAUGCCACCAGUCUUUAAAAUGUACAGUUUAUUUUUUGUACUCAACAUUUAAAGACUAAAAGAUUAGAAAGUGAGUUGUAUUUGUCAAUGUUAAAAGAUGUGUAUUUCAAAAUAA